AUGGCUGGAUUUCACCGAACGGCCCUGCAGAUAGUGAGAAGACUAAACAUCGGCUUUUCGGAGUCCCCGAACUCCUGUUCUCUUCCAAACGAUGAGCAGAGGCUCGCCGAUCGUAGCGCUGCUCUCUUGCAACAUUUCGAACGAGACGUAUUCUUGACCUCUCCUUCCUACGGCAAGGAUGAGGAUGUCACGCAACCCAAGAAGAGACAGCUCGUCAUCAGUUUCGCUGGAUUGCAACGAAUGCGGAUGCGGAAGCUUCAGAUCGAGCUGGCAAACAGAGUAAUGUCCAUGCAUUUCAAAGAAGAGGAGCCAAAUGACUGGGAGGACCUCCUUGAGAAUUAUAUCACAGCGGUACGUGACUACGAUUAUAUUCAGUCAUGUGUCGAUCGAGGAGACCGUGACCCGUUCAUUCUCUCUAGCUCAAGGAACCUUGAGGCAAGGUUCCUGGAAUUGGAGCUCCUGCAUAUUCCGUCACAUAUUCGGGAGAGUAAGGGGGAGUGGUCGAGCAUCAACUUUCAUGGACCGGUGUUUACCGCCGAUGACUCUCGGGGAAAGCUCAGCAAGGAGGAAAAGUUCCGUCAGACUCUGCAGCGACUGGCCAUGGCGAUCGUGGGUGGUGCAUUUCUGGUAGGCCCGAUGUGGCUAAUGGUCUUGCAAAACCAGAUGUACACAACAUUGAUCACGACAACAGCAUUUGUGUUUGGCUUUGGAUCCGUUAUUUCGAUCGUCCCUACGUUUGUGGACGGGGCUAAGUUAGGGAUGGAAACAGUGAUGAGUGUGACUGCUGCGUACGCGGCGGUUCUGGUUGUCUUUGUGGGAACCACGGUAUCAACAACCACGAGUGGCGGUUAG